AUGGGUGCCUCAUUUGUUCCCAUCACAGUAUUUACGGUAUUAUGGGGUGUGGUGGGUAUUGUGUGCCCAUUUUUCGCCCCUAAAGGGCCAAACAGAGGAAUCAUCCAGGUGGUGUUAAUGUUAACUGCUGCAACGUGUUGGCUAUUUUGGCUGUGUGCGUAUAUGGCCCAGAUGAACCCACUCAUCGGACCCAGAUUGAGUAAUGAGACUCUUAUAUGGAUCGCCCGUACUUGGGGAAAACCCUACGCGUAA